AUGGGCGAGUGUGGGUGUGUGGAGGGCGGCGGGGUGGUGACGAUGGGCCCGGGGGAAGGGUGCCCGUGCCAGUGCCCGCCCACCACGCCCACUUUCAGGGAUGACUCCACUACCUGUAUCGCCACCCUAGACGAGUGUUCCGUGGCGGACUUCGUUAGCAGUUCAGGCUCCGAGAAGAUCCCGUAUGUGUACAUGCCCAUGAAGCAUCAGCUGGUCCACCCCACAGCUGAGGUCGCCCUUCUAGGUCUGGAACACGGCGGGUCUCCUGUGUUGUCCCCCGUGUGUGUGAUCACCAAGGGCACCAUCCUCACUCAUGAUGGCUGGCAGAAUAUGGCCAACACCUCCACCUUUGAGCCUCCCUUCAGACUGUUUCGGGACAGUGGGAUUUACGUACGUACAGUCACCAAACAUGUCGAGUAA